GGGAGAAACAGCCGGAAAGAGGCCAGGUGAUGUAGGCACUUCCGCCCUCUCUUAAGAUGGCACUGGCGGAAGGGGCGGGGUACCACACGGCAGCGAUGACGGCGUCGAGGCUGGAGCUGAACCUGGUGCGGCUGCUAUGUCGCUGCGAGGCGAUGGCAGCAGAGAAGCGGGACCCAGACGAGUGGCGUCUAGAGAAGUACGUGGGCGCUCUGGAGGACAUGCUGCAGGCCCUGAAGACCCAAGCGUGCAAACCAGCCUCUGAGGUGAUAAAUGAAUAUUCCCGCAAGGUGGAUUUCCUGAAAGGGAUGCUACAGGCAGAGAAAUUGACCUCCUCGUCAGAAAAGGCACUUGCCAAUCAGUUCCUGGCCCCUGGCCGCGUGCCAACUACGGCCAGGGAGCGAGUGCCUGCCACAAAGACAGUGCAUCUGCAGGCCCGGGCACGGUACACCAGUGAGAUGCGAAAUGAACUGUUAGGCACGGACUGUGCUGGAGAGCCCAAGCUGGAUGUGAGGAAGAGAACUGGAGUGGCAGGUCCCAAGCCAGCAGAUGAGAAGCAGUCAGCAGCUGAGUUAGACUUCGUGCUGCAACGGCAUCAGGACCUCCAAGAAAAGCUGGCAGAGGAGAUGCUAGGCCUGGCCCGGAGCCUCAAGACCAAUACACUGGCUGCCCAGAGUGUCAUCAAAAAGGACAACCAGACCUUGUCACACUCACUUAAGAUGGCUGACCAGAACCUGGAGAAACUGAAGACAGAGUCGGAGCGGCUAGAACAGCACGCACAGAAGUCGGUCAACUGGCUGCUCUGGGCCAUGCUUAUUAUCGUCUGUUUCAUUUUCAUCAGCAUGAUUCUCUUCAUUCGUAUAAUGCCCAAACUCAAAUAAAGACCAGCCCUCACCCACCU